CGGACGGACCGGAAACGGGGAGCCGCUGGGGGCGCGGAGCCGGAACCGAGAGGAAGCGCGGAGCCCGGGCUGGAGCCGCGGUGGAACGCCCUUUUUCUGUCUUUCUCCAAUAGAUGCCUGGGGUGACACAAGGCUCCGACCUGGAACCUCCACCAUCCCAAAUACCCCAGCGUGGAGGAGUGGCCAUGGCCAAGAUUCAGGCCCAUCUUCAGCAGAUGAACCAUCAGGUUCAGGCUCAGAGUUUUGCAGUGCAGAAGCAGGCCCAACAACAGCAGUUCCAGAGGCUCAAGUGUGCUUUUCAGGUGGAAGAUGCCUUGUCGUACCUGGACCAGGUUAAGAUGCAAUUCGGAAACAACCCAGCUGUUUACAAUGAGUUCCUUGACAUCAUGAAGGAAUUUAAAUCACAAAGCAUCGAUACACCUGGUGUGAUUGACAGGGUGUCACGCCUGUUCCAGGGUCACCCUGACCUUAUUUUGGGCUUCAAUGCUUUCCUGCCACCCGGUUACAGGAUAGAGAUCCAGAAAAACAAAGCAGUGAGCGUGCAUGGACCCACACAGGCUGAGACUCAGCUGCUAGCUGAAGCAGUCCAUGACCACACAUCUGCCACUCCUACCAGUCCCGCCGCCGCUGCCAUCACUCCAGUGAGCCGAUCCAGUCCUGCUCAAUCUCAAACGCCCCUAAUGGGCCACAAGGACGAGAGUGCGGAACGCCGGGUGAUCCGGGAGGAACCGACUGCACGGGUCUUGGAUCACCAUGAUGAUCCAUCCUCCAACGAUCCACAUCCUGUGGAGUUCGACAACGCAAUCAGUUAUGUGAAUAAAAUCAAAAACAGAUACCUGGAACGUCCUGAGGUCUACAAAUCCUUUCUGGAGAUUCUGCAUACCUAUCAGAAGGAGCAGCUGAUAGUGAAAGAUACCAAGGGAAAGUCUUACUGUGGCAUGACCGAGGAUGAAGUCUUUGCGAAAGUUGCCAACUUGUUCAGAGGACAGGAGGAUCUGCUGACUGAGUUUGGCCAGUUUCUGCCAGAUGCCAAGCGAUCUCUGUUCACUGGAAACGCUGCAUCUGAGAAGGAUGAGUGUAAAAUGGUCGAUGAUGAUGAUGGAUCAAAACACUCUCAAAGCAAGAAACGCUUGAGACCAGCCCUUCUGCCCCAGGUGCCCCCUCCGCUCAAGAAAAAGCUCAAGUUGUCAAGCGUGAAGGACCGGUCCCUAGCCUCUGCAGGCAAGCAUGGCACCCUGCGAGAGUUCAGCUUCUUUGACAGAGUCCGUAGGAUUCUGAAAAGCCAAGAAGUUUAUGAGAAUUUCUUGCGUUGCAUUGCCCUGUUCAACCAGGAGGUGGUAUCAGGUUCUGAGCUCCUUCAGUUGGUCACUCCUUUCCUGGGGAAGUUCCCUGAGCUUUUUGCACGUUUCAAAUUGUUCUUGGGCCAGCGGGAGCUCUCGCCCACACAGCCUGUACAGAGAGACCGGCCAGUGGAUGGAAUUGCCCGGGAGAUUGACUAUGCUUCGUGUAAGAGGCUGGGCUCCAGUUACAGAGCUUUACCCAAAACAUACCAGCAACCAAAGUGCAGUGGGCGGACCGCAGUCUGCAAGGAGGUUCUGAACGACACUUGGGUCUCGUUUCCAUCUUGGUCAGAAGACUCCACCUUUGUCAGCUCAAAGAAAACUCCAUAUGAAGAGCAGCUUCAUCGCUGUGAGGAUGAGAGGUUUGAGCUUGAUGUUGUCCUGGAAACCAACCUUGCUACAAUUCGUGUGCUUGAAAGUGUCCAGAAAAAACUAACACGGAUGUCUCCAGAGGAUCAGGAUAAAUAUCGCCUGGAUAAUUGUCUGGGAGGGACAUCGGAGGUCAUCCACCGCAGAGCCAUCUAUCGUAUUUAUGGAGAUAAAGCACCUGAAAUAAUCGAUGGACUUAAGAAAAAUCCGGCCACAGCUGUCCCUGUUGUGCUGAAAAGAUUGAAAGCCAAGGAAGAGGAAUGGCGGGAGGCACAGCAAGGAUUCAACAAGAUCUGGCGGGAGCAGUAUGAGAAAUCCUACCUAAAGUCGUUGGAUCACCAGGGGGUUAACUUUAAGCAAAAUGACACCAAGGCACUGCGCUCCAAGAGUUUGUUGAAUGAGAUUGAGAGUGUUUAUGAUGAGCGCCAAGAACAGAACUCUGAGGAAGGCUGUCCGGGUGUCAGCGGCCCCCACCUGAUGUUCGUCUAUGAGGAUAAACAGAUCAUGGAGGAUGCUGCGUCUCUGAUUAUUUAUCAUGUCAAGCGACAGCCAACCAUUCAGAAGGAGGACAAGGAUCACAUCAAACGCAUCAUCUACCAUUUUGUGCCCGACCUGUUCUUUACCCAGCGCGGUGAACUGAGUGAAUCUGAGGAUUCAACAGACGAUGAGAUGGAGAGUGUUCCCCGGCACAGUCAGAGUAGCAAUGCUGACACUGGGCAGAAAGGAACAGCUUCUCCUCAGAGCAGCUUGGCUGAGGAGCGGCUUGACCUGCGAGACCAAGUGGCAGAAUAUCAGAAGAACCUGGAUGACGUCUACAAUCUCUUCUUUGUAAAUAACAAUUGGUACUUUUUCCUAAGGCUGCAUCAGAUUCUGUGCUACCGGCUGCUGCGUAUUUACAGGCAGGCUGAGAAACAGCUGCUGGAAUAUCAAAUGGAGAAGGAGAAGGAGAAACAGUUACAGGAUGGGAGAAAAGAGAAAGCAAGUGAUCCUGCCGUGGAGCUCAGGCUCAAACAACAAAGUGAGAUUGAGUUGGAGGAGUAUUAUCCAGCCUUUCUGGACAUGGUGAGGAAUUUGCUGGAUGGGAACAUUGAGCCCACACAAUAUGAAGACACGCUGCGUGAAAUGUUCACCAUUCAUGCCUACAUUGGCUUCACAGUCGAUAAACUGAUUCAAAACAUUGUACGGCAGCUGCAGCAUCUGGUGAGUGAUGAUGUGUGUGUACAGGCGACUGAGGUUUAUCUGAGUGAGAGGAAGCGAGGAGCAGCUGGAGGGAGUUUGUCCUCCCAGUGUGUCAGAGCAACCCUGGAAGCAGCCUAUCAGCUGAAGACUGAACGCAUCAUGCCUGAUGAAAAUUGCUUCAAGAUUAUGUUUAUCCAGAGCAAAGGACGUGUUUCCAUGACAAUUGAACUGUUGGAUACAGAGGAGGCCCCUUCUGAUGACCCCCUGGAGCUGCAGAAUUUAACAAGCUAUAUGGAGCAGUAUGCAGGCCCAGAGGCAAUGCAGUUUGAUCAGACAGACGGAUUCUUUUACAAGCCAGUAUUUUUACCCAGAAACCUUCGAAAAUUUCGAAAAUGGCAACAGAAGCAGUUUCUGUCAAUGCGAAAUGAGAGUAGGAACAACAAGCAAUGCUGUGUUGGGGUGGAGAACUCAAACAACAUUGACUGCAAGUUUAAGCUGAACACUCACAAACUUGUGUACGUCAUGAACUCUGAAGACUUCAUGUAUCGCUGUGGGGCGUUGCACAGGGCUCGUGAGUCUCAGUGCCAGGUUACCCGACACCAGCACCAGCAGUUCCUGGAAUGGCAUAACCGCUGGCUGGAGGAUCAUGUGACUGACGAAAUGGGCGAGCUUGUCCAGGAUUGGCUGAUGGGCGAGGAUGUUGAAGACCUGAUCCCUUGUAAAACCAUUUGUGAAUCUGACACCAUUCAUGAGAUUCCAGUCAAUAGAUACCGCGUGCAGUACAGUCGCUGCCCUCCGUCACCGUGAGACCUUCAGUACACACUCGUGCUUACACACUCUCACACCGCAGUCAUAAGUGUACUGCGUGGCCAUGUCUGCUCCAUACAUGAUGUUUAAGGCUGGUGAGAUGAUUGCGUUAGCUGCUUGACUCCUGUAUAAGAGAAUAAUCGUUGCAGCCACCAAUCUGCUGACCACAGCCAGUAUUAUCAAUGAUGAAAUGCACUUGGCGUGAAUCUACUUGUGAUUCUUGACCCCAUUCUCUCCUUUUCACCUCCCUACCCAUUCCCUGCCACCAUUUACCGUUUUUGCAUCCCCAGUAUCUCGCCACAGAUUGGUCAGACUUUGUUACACUGCAUGAUAUAUUUUUUGUAAUGCACAGCUUGCUGAUGUGUGCACUGAGAUCCUAUGAGCAGGAUAUGGACUGAAGCAACUGGGCUACAGGACAGCAGGACUGGUAAGUGAUAACUCACAUGGUCUCCAGCCAUUGCCCCUCUUCUCUCCCUAUCUCCUGAAAGAGAAACAAGCUUAAAGAUGUUGUUCGCCUCUUACACAUGGUAUAUGUCUGCUGAAACCUUUGCGAAAUAUACGAAAAACAGUGAGGGUUUGUGAAUCUUUCAAAUUGUGAGGUUCUGCAUUGACCUGAACAGUCCAAUUUCAGGAUGAGCUGCUGUUACAGUGGAAUCUGCAUCCGUUGGAGGCAUCACUCAAUUCUGAAGCAGUUCAACUGGUAUCACCAAUUCAAACUCCUCCAGAUCCCCCCACGGUCCAGAUUUCAGUGAACCCUUGGAGUCAUUAAGUCCUAAAACCUGUUGUUUUCUCAAUUUGCAGCUUCAGCCUGUAGUAAACAUUGGGACUGUUUGUGAGCUGUGCUGUAUUAAUGUGAGGCUUUGUUCUAGUCUGUACCUGGUGUUCAGCAUUUCUGUACUCAAUGUACAGGAGCCAAGUUAUUGAGGAUUGAGGCUAUGAACUUACAAAACUGAGACAAAACCACAAACUGAAAUGUAAAUAAAAGUAUCCAAUGUAUCUUUGUGAACUGAAGCCAGUCCAGGUUGUGUUCAAACUGCCACUCGUUCACAACUGAACUGAGUUCACUCGGGCUGCAUUGAGAAGGCUCAUUGAAAGGGUUCUUGGUGUCAGGAACCUGUACCUCAGUACACAAGACUGUUCUGUUUCUGUAAUGUUCACAGUGACAUUUGUUUGAACUCGUGUCUAACUUUCUCUGAGGCUAUGUUGUGUAUGAAGUGAUAUUGUACCUUGUCCUCUUGAGUGAGAAAGAGGAGUGGGCUAAGGAUCAGAUUCUAGAAAAGCAGAAACAAAUGUGUUGUGUUGAUGUAUUAACUGCCUGAUGUUCAGGGGUUUAUUUUAUGACAGGAUUAUGGAAUGAUUUCAAAUUUCAGACUCUUUCCCUUACAAAUCUAUCACUGUGUUUGAAUUAGUGUCUUACUGGAAAUUUCAAACUGCCCUUCGGAUAAUAUUUUAUAGUUGGAUUUGUAUCUAUAAGCAUCUCCUUGGACUUUGAACUAGUUAUCAUCUUCAUCUAAGCGAUGUUUUUGUCUUGUUUAGCUUCAGGAUGGUGAGUAGAGUGAGUGUGUGGGAGCUGAAACGACCGAGAGUGACCAGUGGAGGGUUUACUGGAACCAUUCCCCAUGCCCACAUGUCAGUGCCCAGCCACCUUCCUGACAAAUCCAUGGUUAAAGCUAUGUUAGCUGUUCUCAGUGUGGGAUUUGGGGAGGGGUUGGUGAUGGUGGUAUUGAAGCAAAUCAAUAAGAGAUGUAGGUUCUUGGGGACGUCUUAGGGCUGAAUGUGUUGGUGCUGGUCACCUUGCUGCUGAGCUUAUCGCCCCUCACUGUAGCCCAGGGCUGCAUGCAUUUAGCAAAGAGGCCAACAGCCUGGGGGGUUGGGAGUUUACCCCAGGGGUCACUGUGGGCAGUGGCUGUACAGCGAACCUCAGUUAGUCUGGCAGUAGGAGUCAGUGCCUGACUGGGAAAGGCUGGAGCAGCGUCAGUAAAUGCUGAGCAGGCAGCGCAGUGCCCGAUGUCUGCCUCCUGAGGUCACUGUUUCACUUCGUCCCGGCCGGGGGUGGGGUGAACUCGGAUAGCCGUGCCCCCACCCCCCCUCCCCGGAAAUGCCUCCCACUUACCCAGCCCCCUCCCCUAGGGGUAAGCCAGUCCCCCCCCAGGGGUAACCGAGCCCCCCCCCCCCCUCCCCCCCAGGGGUAGCCCAGCAACCCCCCCCCCCCGGGUAACCCAGUCCCCCCCUCCCCCAGGGGUAUCCGAGCCCUAAUUGUGCAUUUACAGUCCCUCAGCCUGUUGCGUGCCCCAUCGUCAGAGCAAGUGUUUGAUGUUGCUUUUUAAAUGAAGAAUUAAAAUGCUUGGCUGCUCAAGGCAGCAGGUUUAGUUUGAGUAUGCACUGGGAGGGGUGGAGGGUGGGAGCUGCAGGGUCGAUGUGAAGAUUUCCCACCCUCCCUCCCCCAUGCAGCAGUAGCAGGAAAACAUUCUCCUUUUAUUUAUUUGUUUUGGGAAGAGGGCGGACAUUCUGCCUGCCUGGAGUGCAGCCCCCAGCCAAGUCUGCAGCCUUACUGUUCUGGGUGGGAUGCAGGGUUUCAUGGACUGGAGUUAUACUACAGGGUGAGAGACCAUGUGAAAGCACCCCAGACUGCCGGCAGAGAGGUGGGGGGAAAGUGCUAGACAUCGAUUACCAACUCUUGGUAGCAGGCUAGCUGCUGCUCUGUUGCCUGGUUACAAUGAGAAAUGUUCAUUUUGUUCUUAACGUGUGUGAAACUAUUGAUGUGAUUUUAAUUGUGAUCUAAAUCUAUUGAAUGAUCAAUGUUUAAAAAGAAUCCUUUGGUGUCCAUUCUGUGCUGAGUCUGGUUGUUUUCACAAAGUGGGAAGGGUUAUUUGUGAGGUUACCUUUAUCCAAAUUUUCGCGACAUUAAACUCUACCUCAGCCCCAGAGAGAAACUCCUUUCAGAAGGGGUGGGUCUGCCCAAGGAGGUGGGUGUCUAACUGGAGGAAGGGCUCUCCCCCUGACAGAGGGGUUUCACUGAAGAGAGGGUGCCUGAUUCCUACCAGGCAGGGUCCUCUCUGGGGGAGGGAAGAGGAUCCUGUGACUUUAUGCUUAAGGAUGCUGAGGUGAGUGCUGCCUCCUGCCCAUGAUUAGUUCAGACUGGGUUUGGGACUGCACGCUGUAUGAUGUGGCAGAGAUCCACGAUUCCUGUUCCUCAUGUCGCACUGUCCCUCACUCUUUGGAAACAGCAUUGUACUUUCACUCAAAAUAAUAAAAAUGGAUUGUUCCUGGACUUUGGAAGUUGGGUAUUGGAGUUGCUGAGGUGGGAACAUGGGAGGGUUGAUGUUAGUGAGGCAUACAAUGGUUAAGAAAUGAAUGCUUAAGCAACUUAUUUGACUAUUACCUGGGAGGCCUGAGCUGGUGGAGAGGCUGUGAUUUGUCUCCUGAGAGAUCCUUUAUCCUCAAAUCAAGAAUUCCCUCCCUGUGUGGGGUUUUUGCCAUAUCUGACCCACUUCCUGUGUUUCUGCCCGCACCCCUUCCUUUGACUCCCAGAAGCACAAUCAAGUUAAGUUUGUGCUCACCAGCGUCGGCUUCAAUGAAUUAUCCACUCUGUCACCUUCAGUAUGCACAUCUCCCAUCACCCCAUCCUUCUAAAGGCAUGGCUGACUGGGAACAUCCAUCCUGUAAUGUGGACCCUGCACAUGGCCGCAACCAGUUCAUCCAGAAAGUGUCACCAUCUGCAGAAAUUUUGAGUUCUGUGCUUCAGAGCUCUAGUCAUCAUGUGGAGGUGCCGAUAUUGGACUGGGGUGAACAAUGUUAAAGUCAAACAAGGUCAGAUUGUAGUCUAACAGGUUUAUUUGGAAGUGCUAGCUUUUGGAACGUCCUGAAUGCUUGUGCUUGUAAAUAAACCUGUUAGAUCAUAAUCUGGUGUUGUGUGAUUUUAACUUAGAACUCUAGUGACAGCUGAAGUCACUGUGGUGCAUCACCAAGGCAACAGAGCUCCUCAGUAGUAUUGUUUAGGGAGUUGGUUGUACCUCAAUUAGGAUGAGAAAGGGAAUGGGUGUCUACAGACAGUUUUGAUGUAGUUCAGGUGUCCAUUUGGUCUAAUUCAGCAACUAGUUUCCCAGUUUGGAAACAAAGGGCAAUGGUUUAUCAGAGGCAUGUGGCAAUACCUACGUGUGCCCUAGCUGCGCACAAGUGCAGGGUAAGGGCAACAUAUGGCAGGAGCUACAAUAGGGGGCAAGUUUCUGUGGUUACAGACAUGGCACCAGGAUGGUAUGUUGCCUCCCUGAUGUCACUGAGCAUCUGCAGGCCAGGUGAGCAGGCAAACAUCAAGGUCCAUGUUAGUGCAGAUCACAUCCAGGAAGGCCGUGACAUCUGAAAGUUGAGUUUAGAAACUAGGAAAAAAUUGAAAUGUAGGGCUUCUAAUGCAGAAAUCUUUUCAUUCUUUCUUGGAAUAUGGAUGUCACUGGCAAAGUCAGCAUUCAUGGUCCGUCCACAGGUACCUCAAAAUGAGUGACUCGUUUUACCAUUUCCCAGGGUAGUUAGGGAUCAGCUACAUUGCUCUGGGUCUGGAGUCACGUAGGCCCGGCCAAGUGACAGUGGCAGAUUUCAUUCCCUAAAAUAUAUUGGUGAACCAGAUGGGUUUUUCCUGCCAGCUGAUAGUUCUUGGUCACCAUUACUGUAAGAUUAGCUUUACAUUGUAAGUGUUAUUCACUGGAGCAAGAACAGAAAUUGCCGAAGGAACUCUGCAGGUUGGGCAGCAUUUGUGGAGAGAAAGCAGAGCUUCGGGUCCAGUGACUGGAUACUGCCAGACUUACUGAAUUUCUGCAGUAAUUUGUUUGGUUGUUUUGGGUUCCCAGCAUCUGCAGUUCUUUGUUGCGUUUUAAUUCACUGAAUGUUACAUUUCUCUAGCGCCCAGUGUGGGCUCUAACCCAUGUUCCAAAGCAUUAGCCUUGAGCUCUAGAAUACGUUCAUACUCCCAGUGAGAUUGCACACUGUUGCCUCCCCCAAACUCAAAAUUACUCCCCACAUCACGUGCAAGCAUGGAAAAGCAAUGGAAAGAUUGAGUGUGUGAACAUUUGACUGGACAAAUCAUGUAAGACAAAUGGGUUUAGAUUUCUGGUGCAUUAGGACCUGAACAGGAGUAGGCCAUUCAGCCCUUCAAGCCUGCACAGCCAUUCAAUAUGAUCAUGGCUGAUCUGGCAUUCAUCGCGCCCCCUUCCCUGCCUUUUCCUCAUAACUCUUGAUUCCUCUCCUGAUCAAGGAUCUAUCUCAGCCUAAAGUAUAUUCCAGGACUCUGCCUCCAAAGUCUCUAUAGCAACAAGUAUCAUACACAUAAACAAGUCAUAGAGAUGUACAGCACGGAAACAGACCCUUCAGUCCAACUUGUCCAUGCUGACCAGAUAUCUCAACCCAAUCUAGUCCCACCUGCCAGCACCUGGCCCAUAUCCCUCCAAACCCUUCCUAUUCAUAUACCCAUCCAAAUGCCUUUUAAAUGUUGCAAUUGUACCAGCCUCCACCACAUCCUCUGGCAGCUCAUUCCAUACACGUACCACCCUCUUGUGAAAAUCUUGCCCCUUAGAUCACUUUUAUAUCUUUACCCUCUCACCCUAAGUCUAUGCCCUCCUGGGAAGAGACUUUGUCUAUUUAUCCUAUCCAUGAACCUCAUGAUUUUAUAAACCUCUCCUCAUCUCAGAUUUAUAUUGACACCUCUUUGUCCUGAGAUUUUGCCAUCUUGUCCUAGACUCUCCCAUGCAGUGUUUACUCUGUCAAACCUCUGAGGAAUCUUUAUGUGUCAAUGAGAUCACCUCUCGUUCUUCAAAACUCCAGUCAGUCCCAACCUGUUUAAUCUUUGAUCAAGUAACAACCCCUCCCAUACCAAGGACCAUCCUAAUGAGCCUUCUCUGAACUGCCUCCAAUGAAAUGGGGAUAUCUUUCCCUAAGUAAGGGGACCAAAACUGCUCUCAGUGCUCCAGAUGUGGUCUCCCCAGCACCUUGUACAUUUGUAGUCAGACUUCCCUACAGUUAUACACCAACUGCCUUGAAAUAAGAGCCAGCAUUCCAUUAGCCUUGCUGAUUACAUGCUGCCCCUGUGUGCGAGCUUUCUGUGUUGCAUGCACAAGUUCCCCCAAGUCCCUUUGUUUUGCAGCUUUUCUACAUUUAAAUAAUACUCUUUUGUUCUCCCUUCCAAAAUGAAUAACUUUGCAUUUUCCCACAUUAUUAUUCCUUUUGCCAACUUUUUGCUUACUUUAACCUAUCGAUAUUCUCUCUGUAAAUUGCUAGUAUCCCUGACAUUUCUUGCUUUUAUGCCAAUUUUUGUGUAUACAGUGCCUUUGCUUCCUCUCUCCAAUAUAAUAAAUAUAUAUUGUAAAUUGUUGUAAUCUGAGCACUGAUCCCUGUGGAACCCCACUGGUUACAGGUCACCAACCUGGAAAUAAAACCCUUAUCCCCACUCUUUGUUUCCUGCCCAUUAGUCACUUCUCUAUCCACAUCAAUAAACAAUCUCCAACAUCAA